AUGAUCGUCAAGAAUCGCCGCUGCGAAACAGUCAUCAGCAAAGAUACCAACCAAUUGGAAUGCUUCGGCAAUACGUCUGCUACUCUUAGAUUCUACGAAGUUCCUUGGAACGAUGUGCCGGGUGUUCCGAAAGACUGUUUAUGUGCCGUGGACAAAAGUCGCUUGAUUCCAUUUACUUAUUUCUCAACAUCGAACGUUGUGGAAAUAAGGUUUAAUGUUGUGGGUAUGAACGCGUCGGAUGAUUUUGAUACGCUGUUUUUCGAGGGACAUUGGAAGUAUAUCAAGACACCUAGCUGCCAUAAAAAUUUGAGAUAUCGAGGAGCCAGUGGAGAAGUGACUUUUACACAUCCAACUCCAUAUGAAGAGGCUAAUUGUGAAUCGAAUCCGAGAGUCAUAAUCCCUGGAUUGAACAAAUAUUUGUACGUCAAAAUCAGCGGUUCCAUCAUGAAACAUUCGACCCGAAAGGGAAACUCCACCCUUCGAACGAUUAUUACAGGUCAAAAAUGUGACCAUUCUAAUAGAAUUAAGUCUUCCUACCGCCAACACCUUGUAGAAGUAUUCUCUGAGGGAUGGAACAUUAAAAAAGAGGAUAAAGCCGUCGACGGUAUAGCUUUGGAUAAAAUUGAAAUUGACCGUCUGGGAAUCGAGUUGUCUAAAACUAUUGUAUUGGAGUUUUACGGAAAAGAGGAAGCGGAGUAUUCGGUUAACUGGUUGGAAUUGUCUAGAAGGCGGGACGUUCCUCCAAAUGGACUGGGUCUUUUUAUGAUGAGGCCAGAUGAGUGCCAGUACCGCUGUCCAGAACUGGACGCCUGCAUCAAUGCCAGCGUAUGGUGUGAUGGAGUAGAAGAUUGUCCUUCAGGAGUAGAUGAAGCCAUAACCCAUUGCUCAUUGAUAUUGCAACUACCGCCAGUAUAUCUGUUCUUUGGUGCUUUAGGAGUUAUUCUCUCUAGUUUUCUUACGGGUGUCAUACUCUGGAAAACCUGUCGACGAAGACCAAGAUCCAUUCUUCAAACUAGGCUCAAAAGUUUGUCUUCCGACACUGCCAUCAUCGACGAUCGCGACAUAAUUUGCUGA